CAUCUGCAGUUUUAGACUCUUACAUUUCUGAUGUAAAAGGUGGUAAAGAAAGCUUUAUGGUUUCAAAGAGACUAUACAAUAGAAUCAAUAAUCACAAGAAUAUUGAGUCAAAAGUUAUUGUAUCUUACAGCAGAUCAAAGAUUGGCACAAGGGCAAUGCAACACAUAUUAGCUUCUAAUAUUGAAUGGAAUUAUUCUGGAAGUGAUCCAGAAUCAUCAAAUACAA